UAGACUUUAACAGUACGGAGUAUUUAUAAGGUGAAAGAAAACGGAAAGAAGGUAAGUAACCUGUUUCGCAAGGCAUCCUCAAUCCUCAAUCCUCAAUCCUCAUUCGGCAAUUCCCCUCUACAAACUCCGGACGUCCUCCAUAGUUUACGACGACAUUCUCAAGAAAUCCCUUAAUCUCCGACGACAGUUUUCUCUCUUUACAAUUAGCGAUGGCGGACCAAAAAGGCGGUAAUCUGGAAGCUCAAAUUGAUGCAUUGUUGAAUGUGGGAAAGCAAAUGAGACUUUUUGGAGAUGUCGAUGGAGCUAGAAAGGCUUCUUGUGAUAUUCUCGAUUUAUGCUUCCAAUCUAAAGCCUGGGAAACCUUGAAUGACCAGAUCGUCGCUCUCUCCAAGCGCUUUGAGCAGGCUGUGACCUCGAUGGUGCAGCAAGCCAUGGGUUACAUUGAUCAAACACCUGAUCUUCAUACUCGUGUAGACCUCAUUAAAACACUAAAUCGUGUAUCUGCUGGGAAGAUAUAUGUUGAAGUAGAAAGGUCACGGUUGAUCAAGAUACUUGCUAAGAUUAAAGAGCAACAAGGGCUUAUCGAUGAAGCUGCUGAGCUGAUGCAAGAGAUAGCGGUUGAAACCUUUGGUGCUAUGGCAAAAACUGAAAAGAUAGCAUUUAUUCUUGAGCAAGUUCGUCUUUGUUUAGAUCGUAAAGACUAUAUUCGGGCUCAAAUCCUUUCCAGAAAAAUCAGUCCCAGGGUUUUUGAUAUUGAUCCUUCAAAAGAAAAGGAGAAACCUAAGGAAGGUGAUAAUAUUGUAGAAGAGGCCCCUGCUGAUAUUCCGUCGUUGACAGAGUUGAAGCGUAUCUAUUACGAGUUGAUGAUUCGAUACUACAAGCACCACAAUGACUACCUUGAAAUAUGUCGAUGCUAUAAGGCUAUCUAUGAGAUCUCAUCUGUCAAGGAAGACCCUGAGCAGUGGACACCGAUUUUGAGGAAAAUUUGCUGGUACUUGGCGCUUGCCCCACAUGAUCCGAUGCAGUCAAGCCUUAUGAACUCUACUCUGGAGGAUAAGAACCUUUAUGAAAUCCCAAAGUUUAAGUCACUAUUGAAACAGCUGGUGACAAUAAAGGUUAUCCUUUGGACAGAUCUUUGGAAUGAAUUUGAGGGUGAAUUUGAUAAUGAGAAGAAUUUGCUUGGAGGUUCGUUAGGCGAGAAAGCUGCUGAAGAUCUUAAACAAAGAGUUAUUGAACAUAACAUACUUGUUAUUUCAAAGUACAACUCAAAGAUCACCUUGAAGAGACUGUCGGACUUAUUAUGCCUCAGUAUUCAGGAAACGGAGAAGCAUCUAUCUGAUAUGGUUGUCUCCAAGGCUAUAGUAGCAAAGAUAGACAGACCAAUGGGGAUUGUAUGUUUCCAGGUAGUCAAGGACAGCAACGACAUUCUGAAUUCAUGGUCAAUCAACUUGGAGAAACUGCUUGGCCUUGUUGAGAAGAGUUGCCAUCAAAUACACAAGGAGACGAUGAUUCACAAAGCUGCCCUAAAAGUUUGAAUCUUUAGUCACUACUCACUACUCACUACUCACUACUCACUAGGGCUGUGGAGAAUGAUCCUUCUUUAUUCUUUUUUGGAAAUAGUCAUUUUGCAUACUUGAAAUGUGCUCCCAAGAAACCUGGUAUUAGCUUAAUUUUUCUUAUUUAAUAAUUCAUUGUUUAGAAACAUUCAGAGUUUGAGCAGCUCUUGUUUGAUAUCUUUA